UCCAGCCACUCACUCACCUCAUUUAACUCUUCUUCCUCCUCUUCCUCAUCACUCUCUUCAUCGCUGUCCGAGUCCACCCCCUCGCCGCCGCCUUCCUCCUCCCAGGAAGCGGGCGGCCCUCCUGCUCUCUUUCGCUUAGCUCGAGUGGCCAUGCUGCCGCUUCCUUUCCUGCUGUGCGCCUGCGCCGCGAGCCGGAAGGGAAAGCCGGAGCCAGCCCGGCAGCGAAGGCGAGAGUUGGAUAGAGGCGGGCUCUCUGCGCAGUAAACAAUGAAAGUUCUGUUGCUGAAAGAUCCUAAAGAAGGUGAAAACGGACCAGAUCCAUAUAUAAAUGAACUGAGUUUACAUGGGCUUGAGGCAACAUUAAUCCCAGUUUUAGCAUUUGAAUUUAUUUCUCUUCAAGCUUUCUUUGAAAAACUUUUUCAUCCUGAACAAUAUUCUGGACUAAUUUUUACUAGUCCAAGAGCUGUAGAAGCCUUCAGAUUAUGUCUGGAUGAUAAUAGUAAAAAAGAAGUUUGGAAAAAUUGUCUGAGAGAAAAAUGGAAUACCAAAUCAGUUUAUGUAGUAGGAAAAGCUACUGCUGGCGUAGUAGCAGAAAUGGGCCUCACAUCACAGGGAGAGAACUCUGGAAAUGCUGAAAAACUAGCUGGAUACAUUUGUUCCUGGGAAUCAUCCAAUUCAUUGCCUCUGCUUUUUCCUUGUGGUGCUCUCAAAAGGGAGAUGCUUCCAACAAUACUCAGGGGGAAAGGCAUUGCACUGGAAGGCCUUACCGUUUACCAAACUAUUCAACAUCCUAAUCUUCAAGAAUCCUUGAGGAAUUAUUUCAUACAACAGGGUAUUCCUGCUAGUGUGACAUUCUUCAGUCCAUCUGGUGUCAAAUAUUGUCUGAAGCAGAUUCAGAAAUUGGCUGGCGAUCUCAUUCCCCAAAUUAAGUUUGCUGCUAUAGGUCCAACAACAGCUGAAACUAUGGCUGCUGAAGGAAUCCCAGUGAGCUGCACUGCCCAGAGCCCUACUCCACAGGAUCUCACUGCUUGCAUUAAAAGGAGUCUCCAGUUGUAGAGCUACUGAUAGAUUUUGAGACUAUAUGUGUUUGAUAUUAUGCUAUUUGGAAGAAAUGGCAUAUCUACAAUGAAAUAACUUUUUGUCAGUGUGUGUAACACAUGCAUAUUUGUAGCGUUCAUUGGGACUAGAAGUCAUGUUCAGCUCUGGCUUGUAAGACUCUUGUGUAUAUCUUCAUAUUGUAUUAACAGUGGGGCUGAAUACAAAUUACAGUUAAACUCAGUUGUUAAAAUUGGCCAUAACAGUAGCUGUCUAACACAGUUAGCACCUUGUUUUUUCUUAGCCUGAGAAAUGUGAAAGAUUUAGCACUACUGAGUAAGCUUUAAAAAUAGUAGCAAACUAGCAUUAGGUGCUCUGUUGCCAUCUAAUUAAAUCUUAUAUUUAGUGUAAGUAAUGUUGUUGUAGGCCAGAUGAAGUCUUUGUUGCACCUAAACUCCCUUCAGAAAUACAGAAUAAAAGUAGACUUCUAUAAUGAUCCUCCACCUAAUAUUUAUACAGUCUGUAUUUAUCUUUUUUUGCAUUGCCUUCUAUGUAUUUAACACCUUAUGCAGAUUUUUAAUAAAUGUUCUCUGGUACUGUGAAUAAAUAGCAUAUAGGUGUGACUGUAGGUUAGGCUGUGAAGGUGCUUGUUUGGAUUUAGUCGUGUGUACUUCUGACAAGUGUUCUGUAUAACAGCUAGCUCAGUUUAUACAACAAAAGUGUGUCCUCCAACAAUGUUUUGCAUCAUCCUUAGGAGGAAGGAAAAAUAGGUAUCAUAAUUCCAAUAAAGUAGUUAUGAAAUAUA